GAGCCAGGACCUGAACCUGCAGCUGGGGAAAAGGGCAGGCAUCCGUCUCUGCACACCCUAGGCUGUUCCCUGUCCAGUCUGCUGACUGGAGAUGGAGCAUCGGAGGGGUGGUCUGCAGGGUGAGGGGGUAUGAAGGACAACUCUGGAGAGCCUAGAGACUUCAGGCUACCACACCCCUUCCUUUCCCUAGAAGCUCAGCCCCAGGGAAGUACAGCCCAAGCUACUUCUGUGUCCUGGCUUGCAUGCUGGGAGACUUAGGAACCCAUCAUCUCAGAAAUCAAGUCAGGUGGUGAGGAUACCCUCAGUGGACAGAGCUGAGGAAGAAAAGGAUUAAAGGACCUCUGCUGGAUGAGGGGCUACAGGGGUGUGAGUCCCAGGCUGACGAGAGAAAGGUGGGCAGAGCAGAGAUCUUAAAAUCUGGAUGGCCUCCAUCUUGGACAGAAAUGGGCACAGGCUGGGGAGAGAGGAGGCGUUCAAAACCGCUGCCAGCAUGCUAAUUGGAUGCUUUAGCUUAUGUUUCUCCUGGGGACACUGGAAUUUGAAGUCAGCUUUCAUUGGCCUAAGAAGUUCCUAGACCUUCACACACCCCACCCCACCCCCAGUGAAAGUGUGGUCUAAACAUCAAGAAUGAUAAACCCUAUGAAAACCCAUUGAAGAGCCCAAGGCUCUUGCUAAGCAGCUGGUCCUCUCACGUUGCCACACCAGCUUCCAUAGUUAGCACUCCCUGCUUCUGCAUCCUAAAUGGGAGUGUCUGAGGCAGCUGAGGGCCAAAGAACCUUGUUACCUGAGUACACACCCCAUCAGGGCAUACCCCCCACCCAUUCCUCACUUUCAGGAAGUCGUUCUGAGGCCCACUCAAGUACUCAAUGCUCAGACCUAGCACACUGCAGUCAUCUGGGUAGCAUCUCUACCCACCUCCAUACCAGCUUGUAGCUCCAGUCCCCUUGGGAGGGGCCAGGAGCCGGAAGCCAAGAAAGAGGAACCCAGGCUUCCGGCUUCUCAGGGACUGAGCAGAUGGGGGUGUCUUAGAGCCAUUUAUGGGAGGCCCAACUGCAGUAUCCCCAUCUCCGGCACCUCUAUAUGGGAUCCAGCAGACUCCCAGACUGCACUGAAGGUCCAGAGCUGGCACCACAGAACCUGGCAACCCCCUCCACCCACCCAUGCCCACCCCACAUGAGGCUGAGAAACAGCACACAGGACCAGAGGAGGCAGACAGGCCCCCAUUGAUGUCCAGCCAUGAUGCAGCCCCUUCAGGACCCCCCAGUCGCAACCCCUGCUGCUUAUGCUGGUGCUGCUGCUGCAGUUGCUCCUGGAACCAAGAACGGCAGCGAGCUUGGCAGGCUUCUCGGGAAAGCAAGUUGCAACCCCUCCCCAGCUGUGAAGUUUGCACUCCACCAAGUCCUGAGGAAGUACAGAGCUGGGCACAGUCCUUUGACAAGUUAAUGCAUAGCCCCACGGGCCGCAGUGUAUUCCGGGCAUUCCUGCGCACAGAAUACAGCGAAGAGAACAUGCUCUUCUGGCUGGCCUGUGAGGAGUUGAAAGCAGAGGCCAACCAACAUGUGGUGGAUGAGAAGGCGCGACUUAUCUAUGAGGACUACGUGUCCAUCCUGUCCCCCAAGGAGGUGAGCCUGGACUCCCGUGUGCGAGAAGGCAUCAAUAGGAAGAUGCAAGAGCCGUCACCACACACGUUUGAUGAUGCGCAGCUGCAGAUCUACACCCUCAUGCACCGGGACUCCUAUCCUCGCUUCCUCACCUCCCCCGCCUACCGCUCUCUGCUACUCCAGGGGGCCCCACAGUCCUCCUCUGAGGCCUAGGUGCUUGCCACACAGAUGCCCUGCUCCUGUGGGCAGACUAGGGGCGAACCCUGCCCCGUUUGGCUGGAUAUAGACUCAGCCCCAGUGGCAACUGCAAUGUUCUGCUCUGCCCUAGCCUGUUCCAGCUGGGGGUUCUCCGAGAUGGUGCCUCAGACCCUCCAGUCACGUGCCCAGGAGAUGUUCUCACAGAGAACAACCUCUGUGCCAACAGGUUUGUAGCAAGACUGUUUAUUCCGCAGAACCAGAUGUAGGACCUCAGAGUCAGGCUCAAAAAAAGAGCCCAUUUAUAUUUUAUAUGUUAAUGAACUUUAAAAUUGGAAAUAUGUCCUUAUUGUACAUUUUAUCAAAAGAAAAAAGAAAGCUUUCACAUUCACCUGAUUUCCUACACAUGCCAAAAACAUGAUAUGGUAUUCUUGACCUUUUAAAA